AGUAGGCACAAAAUCCACAUGCUUUGGGAGGAACAGCAAGGACAGCACUAUCCCGACCAGGGACAAAAUGAGGUCGCUCCGUUUCAUUUCUGCCGAAACCUUGGUGUCCCACCCACAGCUGGCCCAGGAGAGCCUGGACCAUGUAGCCUACAACCUCUACCCACUCCUGUUCAAGGCCAGUUACCUGCUAGAGCAAGCAGAAGUAACUCGUGCUGUGCUGAGUCACUGGCCAUUAGAGGAGUUCCGGCUGGCUGUGCUGCUGGGGCCAAACACUGACCACCCUGAAGACCUGCGUGAUCGGGCCUGCGCGGCCUGCCUGGAGGCCUGCAUGCAGGGCCUUGCUGACCACGUGCUGCAAAGUAGGAGCAACCGGCUUCGGGUUGCGGAUUUCACAGGCAUCCAGGAUGUUCAGGUGCAGCAAUGUCCUUGUGGGAGGGCGCUGGGAAGGUGGGGACGCACUAAGGUGCUGGCCAGGAUCUGCUGCCAGCUCCAAGGACAGCCGUGUACAGCCAGGCGCCCCAUUGAAGUCUUUACUGACCUCUUUGUUACAGAAGGCAACUUUGACAUAGUGGUACAGGCCCUGAAGCCAGCAGGCCCAGCACCUCUGCAGGUCUGCUGCCCUUCACUGCGGGCAGAUAGCCUGAGUCCUGGGCAGCUCCUUCAAGUGCUUGGCCUAGCUGGGCCAAGCAAGCUAAGGAAGCUGGAGGUAGUACACAAUGUACGGUUACAUGCUGGCCAUGUACAGCAGCUGCUUGCCCAGGUGGGCUUCCCUCAGCUGACCUCACUCACCUUACCCACCAAGGCCUUUGAUGCACCCCCCGCCUGUGCCCCCACUCCAGAGGGGGAGGAUCCCCUCCUCAACUCCAUUGCUUGGGAGCUCAGCCAGAUGAACAAGCUCACUGAGCUAAGUGUAGCUUUCUCAACACUGACUGGGAAGAUCCAAACAUUGCUUAGCCCCUUGAAGACCCCACUAAGAGUGCUGGACCUGGCCAACUGUGCCCUUAAUCAUGAAGACAUGUCCUUCUUAGCAGAUUGUAAGCACACUGCCCACUUGGAGGUGCUGGACCUCAGUGGACAUAAUCUGGUCCACCUGUACCCUGCUACCUUCUUCCGGCUGCUGAGCCAGGCUGCACAAACACUGAGAGUGCUCACCCUUGAGGAGUGCAACAUCACAGACAACCACAUUGGCAUGAUGAUUCUGGGCCUCAGUCCUUGCGGCCAGCUCCAGGAGUUCAAGUUCCUUGGAAACCCACUGUCAGCCAGUGCUCUCCAGCGCCUAUUUGCUGCACUCUGCGAACUCCCUAGGCUCCGCCACAUUGAGUUUCCAGUGCCAAAGGACUGCUACCCUGAGGGCACUACCUACCCACAGGAUGAGCUGUCUGUGUCCACAUUCGACCAACAGAAAUAUGACAUGAUUGCAGAGGAUCUGCGAGCAGUACUGCUUCGAGCUAACCGGGAGGACAUCCAGGCCUCCACCCCUCUUUUUGGAAGUUUUGACCCAGACAUUCAUGAAACCAGCAAUGAACUUGGUACUUUCUUGCUGCAAGCUUUCAAAACUGCUUUGGAAAACUUCUCCAGGGCACUAGAACAAAUGGAGUAGGUCCUGUAAUCAUGCCACAAGAGGCUGUGCAUUUCUACUAGCGUGGUGCCCUGAGGUCAGUCCUGAAUCAGAAGAUCAGGCUCAGCCAUUUGUAUCACUGCCACAGAUUUCCUUAGUGAAAACUACAGUCAUAUUCAUUAAAUGCUCUAAGAGGGAGCCCAGCUAUAUAAAUGGCUGUGUGUCAGCACGGGAAGUAAAGGGGAAGCCACCUAGACUGACAGACCUAUCACCAAGGUAUUAAGUGGAGGAGAAUGUGGCCACCAGGGAAGGAUGUAGUGGGAACAGGGUCAACAUGGCCCUGAUGCAGCGAGGGGGAGGAAAUGAGAAAACUCAUCACAGGAAAUGUGUAAGAGCAGCAGCCCAUAAAAAACAGCCAGAGAAAUACACU